AUGGCUGCUACCUUGAUCUUGGCAGAAGGGCCUUGCCUUGCAAUUGCUGUGGUACACCUCGUGGUACGAGGAUAUACUCGCAAGAGAGUUCGAAUUACUGAUCAAUAUCGAUUAGACUAUGAAGACUCGAUGAGAAGGGCGGAUGCCGAAGCAAACAACAAGGAAUCUGCGAUCGAGCUAAGUCUCUGGAUGAAACCACCUUCUUCAACACUUGGAAACGGACUUCCUCAUCACACACAGCUUAUCCAUGACCACGCCAAUCCUAGCUCUCUUGAUGCUUCUAGACUGCAGAGACUUCCUGAUGAAAUACUGUCGAUGAUCAUCUCCUGGCUCUCAAAAGGGGAUAGCGAAGGUGGCCUUGCUUUCUUUGCCUUGCGGCACGUUUCUCGGCGCUUCCGACGCCUGACAGAAGGCGCUGAGUUCAAAGACCACUAUUUCUCAACCCGGUAUUGUUGCAAGUGGUGUUCUGGAGGCUAUGAAGAUUUGUCGAGUCCUGGAAGAGAUCCGUGGCAGGUACGCCAUUGCUUCGAGUACAACGUGCCAUUCCCGGAUUUGAAGGCUAAAGUUGGGAAGCUGAUGCGAAAGGACUAUGCUUGCAAAACUUGCCAGAGGCUUAGAAAAUCAGAUUCUCUGUGGAAAGAUCCUGUCACUUGCAAGUUUCAAGCGCUCGACCCCUGCUCGCGGUCGUCAUGGUCAAAGUGCGACCCCUGUGGCGUUGAGCACCCUAACGCGUGCUUUGCCAGAUGGCAACGCGUCAAGCCCAAGAGUGUCUGCAUUGGAAGGCAAGGCCAUAUCAUAUAA